AUGGCUGAGCCCAGUGACAACUCUCUGAGGAUUGUUCUGGUAGGGAAGACAGGGAGUGGGAAAAGUGCCACAGCAAACACUAUCCUGGGGCAGAGAAAAUUUGAUUCUAGAAUUGCACCCCAUGCUGUCACUAAGACCUGUCAGAAAGCAUCCUGCAAGUGGAAGGAGAGAGAACUCCUGAUUGUUGACACCCCAGGGCUCUUUGACACCAAGGUCAAGCUGGAAACCACCUGCAUUGAAAUCAGCAAGUGUGUCCUCCAGUCCUGCCCUGGGCCUCACGCCAUCAUCCUGGUACUGCAGCUGGGUCGCUACACGGAGGAAGAGCAAGAAACUGUCAUUAGGAUCAAGGCUAUCUUUGGGGAGGCUGCCAUGAAGUACAUGGUUGUCUUGUUCACCCGCAAAGACGAGCUGGAGGACCAGAGCCUAAAGGACUUCCUAGAAAGUUCAGAUACAAACCUAAAAAGCAUCAUCAAGGAGUGUGGCAACCGCUGCCUGGCCAUCAACAACAGAGCAGGGAAGGCUGAGCAGGAAACGCAGGUGCAGGAGCUGGUGGAGCUGGUCGAAGCCAUGGUGCAGAGCAAUGGCGGCGUCUACUUCUCUGAUGCCAUCUACAAGGAUGCAGAGCAAAGGCUGGAGAGCCAAGUAGCGCUCCUGAGGCGACUUUACACUGAGCAAAAACGGAAUGAAGUUAGAAUAGUAGAGGAAGAGUGCGCUCUGGGGAAACUCAGUGCUCAGGAAAAAGAGGAGGUGGUACAGUCAAUUAGGGAAAAAUAUGACCAAAAGAUAAGACAAGAAGCAGAGAAUAGCAUACUCAGCCAGAUUGUUGAAGGAAUUAAGAAAAUUCUUUUGAAAGUGUGGCAUAUUUUUCCCGUCAUCAUCCGGCCUUUCUCUGGGUUUCCUGAUCUCUGGGACCCAGGCCCGCCCAGUGACUUCCUCUCUGCUCAGCACCGAAAGACCAAGAGACCUCUUUACUCAUGGCUGAAGGGAAGGCAGGAGUUCUCUGGGGCUUCUCUGGGCCACUUUAAAGUCUGUCACCAAGAAAGCGGGGAGUGUGGGAGGAAACCCAUCACCCCUAGUGGAGACAAAGAGACAGAUUCUGAAAUGAUGAGAAAUGCAGAUAAGCACUCAGAUGAGAAUGUGGGAGCAGAGCUCUCGCCAGAGAAAAGCCAGCGAGGGCUGGAGAGUCUGGAUCUGGGGUCUGCAGUCACAGACUGA